UGCAUGGAUGCGCAGGGAGUUCUUGCCCAGAACAGAACCAUACCGCCAAUACAAACUCUAUGCAUUAUCUAUCAUAUUUGACGAUAGUGGUCCUGACAGAAAUAGAAUAUCACUGAGCAAUUUAUGUUGUAUUUCAUAUUUUUUGACAAAACAAAGGGGCAGAAUUAUUUUGAUGAAUGAAUAAUGAACACAGAUUUGAAUACUUGAUUCUGAUUGGCUGGAAAGUGUGCGUUCAAACUGUUUAAUGCACAGGUAGUUCCAGUCAAUUUAAUCACCAUUCUAUAUUAAUGCACUGCGUUCAUUGAAACACACUUACAAAGAUUAUAAGCUGCACACACACAAACUGUAAUGCUAGGUUAACUCAAAAAAUGAGGGUGGAUCCACACGCAAAGAGUUUAAUAAUAAAAUAAACAUAAUAAAACCAAAACAGAAACCAUGAAACAGAAUGAGCAGCACCAAACAUACAUCCAUGUAGGACUAGACUUGACAAGAAACACAAGAAACACUGGGGUUUAAAUACUAGACUGGUAAUAGACAAACAAGACACCUGGGAAAGAUCGAAGAGCUAAUCAAAUAGAAACUAUGAAGGACUUCAAAAAUGGCACACAGGGCAGCCAACAGCAACAGAAAUGAUGACACCUUCAAAUCUACAUCUGAAUCCACUGGUUACACUAAAGACCUUCGAUUUAUUUUACUGGGAGGUGAUGAAGACCUUAUGGACCGCACAUGUGACAUCAUUCUCAGGAAAAGAGCUGAAAGAGCUGAGUCUGAUUCACGGCACAGAAAAGGUCAUGUGUGUGGCAGAAAGAUCUCUGUGGUGAAAACGCCUUCCACCUGGAUGAGUGACGUGACAUCAUGCUGUUGCUUUUCCUCAAGAGUCAAAUCUAUCGAGGAUCAAAUGCCAGAUUAUGCAUCUCUGGUCUUUCCUGGACCUCAUGCCUUUCUUUUAGUUACUGACAAUAGGGAAUUGACUGGGAGGGAACAAUACCUUUUAAAAGCAAUCGCUAAAUUGUUUAGCAAAGAAGCCUUAGAUUAUGCUAUGUUAUUGAUCAUUGGGAGAAAUGAACCAAAAGGGAUCAGUAGUGUCAGCAAGUAUGUGAGAAGGGUUUAUACAUUGGAGGACAAUGAACAAAGUGUUCAGAGUCUGUUUGUAGAAAUUGAAAGAAUGACACAAAACAAGGAGUCCACAUUCUUUAUUCAGCCAUCAUAUGAAAACCUCAUGAAAAAAGCAUUUUUAUCAUGGGAACAGGAAACACAAAAACUCCAUGCACAAGAGGUGACUGCACUGAAAGAAAGAUUGAGACGUACUGAAAGUGAUUUAAAGAAAGAAAUGGAAACUUUGAGGCAGUUGAUGCUUGACACUGUGAUACAGUUAAAGAAAGACAAAUACAGUCAGGAGCAAAACCAGCAAGGGGCUUCAAGUGAUCAUGAAGAUCUGCUGUUUAAAGAAUAUGAAGUUUGUAGUGAAACCACCUUGAGAAACAUGAUUUCAACCAUCAUUGAUGAUUUUACUGAACGUGAGCACAAACUGAAAGAACAGCUGGACACAUGUAGAAACAUGUGUUCAUCCAUGGUUGAUGAUCAUAUUCGUCGUGAGAGUCAGAUGAAGAGUGAUAUUGAAAAGCUCCAAAGAGAACUGGAGCAACUCAAACUCAAGGAAGGAGAGUGGGAACAGAAACAGGACAGAGAAACACAAUGCAUGAUGUGGCUGGAAAAAGAACGGAGAAGAAAAGAAAAGGAACUGGAGUCAAAAGAGAGAGGAACGGCAAAGAAAGAGCAAGACCUCCAACCUAGUGGAGAUGGAGAAGAGUUUAAUCUACACAGCAACGUGGAACUAACUUCUCAUGAGUUAUCUAAAGAACAAUGCAGAUCUCUAGGUGAAGGAGAGAGAGAGUUGAAGUGCAAAGAUGAAGAUUCACCAGACAGUGUAUCGCUUGACUUUGAAGGUUCGAAACCUGUAAGACGAAACAGCAACCAAUUCACUCCUCCAAAUAUGACUGAAAGUGAUCAUGGACCUCUAAACAAACUCUGAAUGGAAAGAUUUCAAUUGGAGGAUGUUCGGGUUCCGUUGACAUUUCACUUCAUCAUAAUUCAACAGAUGGCUCAAAAUGAGGCAGAGGUCAAAAAACCCAAAUACAUGCAUGUGUGAAGCACACCACAGACUCCAAGCUGGUGGAUACAAUAAUAUGACCGUUUAAAACCUGCUUAAAAAGAUGAGGAUCACAUUUGAAAUACAUGUCUGAAGAGAUGAAGAUGAAGAUAAAGAAGAUGUCUUGCAAAGAGACUCAUCUAAAUCAUUCACAAUAUAUUUCUGUAUAUAUGUACAUUUGUGUUGGAGACAUUUAUAAACAUUUAGGAAUAUUAAAAUCUGUUACUAAUGUUUCCAUAA